AUGGGUCAAGGAGUAUCAUCUGGGCAGGACAAGAAAAAGAAGAAGGGAUCCAAUCAAAAACCCAAAUAUGAGCCUCCAGUUCAAUCAAAAUUUGGUCGUAAGAAAAGAAAGGGAGGUCCAGCUACAGCCGAAAAACUUCCCAACAUAUAUCCUAGUACACGCUGCAAGUUGAAACUUCUAAGGAUGGAACGAAUCAAGGACCAUUUAUUAUUGGAAGAGGAAUUUGUCUCUAACUCUGAAAUUUUGAAGCCAUUUGAGAAAAAGCAAGAGGAGGAAAAGAAGCAAUUGGAAGAGAUACGUGGGAAUCCAUUGAGCAUUGGGACUUUAGAAGAAAUUAUAGAUGAUGAUCAUGCAAUAGUGACAAGUCCAACCAUGCCAGAUUAUUACGUAUCUAUAUUAUCCUUUGUUGAUAAAGAAUUAUUAGAACCCGGAUGUUCUGUAUUGUUGCACCAUAAAACAAUGUCCAUCGUAGGCGUCCUGCAAGACGAUGCAGAUCCAAUGGUUUCGGUGAUGAAAAUGGAUAAGUCACCAACAGAAUCAUACAGCGAUAUUGGUGGUUUAGAAGCUCAAAUUCAAGAAAUAAAGGAGUCCGUAGAAUUGCCGUUAACACAUCCAGAACUGUAUGAAGAGAUGGGUAUUAAGCCUCCUAAGGGUGUGAUUCUUUACGGUGCACCAGGUACAGGCAAAACAUUGCUGGCAAAAGCUGUUGCAAACCAAACAUCCGCAACCUUCUUAAGAAUUGUUGGCUCCGAGUUAAUCCAAAAAUAUUUGGGAGAUGGGCCCAGAUUAUGUAGGCAAAUUUUCAAAGUAGCCGGUGAAAACGCUCCAAGUAUUGUAUUUAUUGAUGAAAUUGACGCCAUCGGCACCAAGAGAUACGAUUCGAAUAGUGGUGGUGAAAGAGAAAUUCAGAGAACCAUGCUGGAAUUGUUAAACCAGUUGGACGGAUUCGAUGAUAGAGGUGAUGUAAAGGUCAUUAUGGCUACCAACAAAAUUGAGACGCUAGAUCCGGCAUUAAUUAGACCUGGUAGAAUCGAUCGUAAGAUUUUAUUUGAAAAUCCUGAUUUAAGUACUAAGAGGAAAAUUCUGGGAAUUCAUACUUCUAAAAUGAACCUAUGCGAGGACGUUAAUCUCGAAACUUUGGUAACAACAAAGGACGAUUUGUCAGGCGCUGAUAUUCAAGCAAUGUGUACAGAAGCAGGUUUGUUAGCUCUUAGAGAAAGAAGAAUGCAAGUCACAGGGGAGGAUUUCAAACAAGCUAAAGAGAGGGUCAUGAAGAAUAAAGUUGAAGAGAAUCUAGAGGGCUUAUACUUGUGA